AUGGACAGCGACGACAGAAGUGGCCGCCUGCUGGCCUCGUGUUGGUCGCUGGUGGGAGCCAGUGCUGUGUUCUUGUCGUUGAGGAUAUACUGCAAGCUAUGGCGAGGAAAGGGUUUGUGGUGGGACGACCACACGAUGAUUAUCAGCUGGUUUUCAUUGACAGUCGCCGUCUCGCUACUGAGUUACAUUGUCACCCUCGGAUUCGGCAAACACCAGUCGACGAUAGAUCAUGAGGAUCUCAAGAUUAUCAACAUCAACACAAUCUUGGUCGCAGCUUUUGGCAUCAUCUCGACAUGCGUCAGCAAAACGUCCUUUGCGCUGACUCUAUACCGAAUCAUAAUCAACAAGUGGAUGAGGUGGUUCCUUCUCUUUGUCAUUAUUACCAUCAACGUAUCGAUGAAUCUCGUCUGGAUUUUUGGAUUCGCGAAAUGUACGCCCGUCGAAAGGGUCUGGGAUAGUACUGUGGAGGGAAAAUGCUGGGAUAAACAGGCACUGUUGAAGUACCAGCUUUUUGCGGCUUACUACUCGUCGAUUCUGGAUUUUGUACUGGCGUUCCUUCCGUGGAAGAUUUUGAUGGCCAUGUCAAUGCUUCUUCGCGAAAAGUUUGGAGUGGCUGUUGCGAUGAGCUUGGGUGCCAUCGCCGGUGUAUGCGGAAUCGUCAAAGCGGUCAUGGUUGUUAGCAUGACGAGCACAGAUAUCACGUAUGACCGUGUCGACCUCACAAUCUGGACGCUCACCGAGCCUGCCGUCACGAUCAUGGCAGCCUGCAUCCCAGUUUUGCGUAUGCUUUAUCGCGAACUGAAAUCCAGCCAUCGCAGUUAUAUGCAGCAGCGAUCGACUGGAAAUCGAUACCACCAGGGCACCGAAUCCACGAACAUCGACAAGACGAAACGGAGCACAAAAUACCGACACCAUGGGUACGGCCGGAACUCGGUACUCAUCAUGUCAACAAACGGAUGGCAGGAAUCACAAGAGGCACUCCAGGAUACCCCGUCGAGCCACACUGACAGGCCACCCAAGACGGCGGGUAUAGUUAAGACUGCAGAAGUCAACGUGACGAGCCAUCGCGUCAGCAAGAUGACUGACGGAGACUCGUUCGAGCUGGCAUCCAUGGAGUCGGCCUACACGAAAACAAGUGGACGACAUGCUGAAGUUCCCGAAGCCGGGUUUUACACGGCACAAUAG